AUGCAGAUGGAAUAUGAGAUUUUAGAAAAAAAUGAUAGUUUCGAGGAUGAAACCUGUGUGAAAGAAUCAUCCCAUUUCGAAAAAGCAUCGGAAUUUUUUUCUUUGUUGCCUAUUUUGCUAAAAUCGGCCGAUGAUUCUGUACAAUUGGACGAAAAGCAGGAUGUUGAACAAGAGAGGAAUUUAAGAAAAUUGAUUUCUUUGAUUGAUCCAUACCAAGAACAACCAUUUCUUCUUGACCCGCAUCUGGAAAAUAUGGUUAAGCCCAUGAUGGAAUUACUUCGUGUCUACAUAAAAUCGGCCAAUGUUCACGAACUGACGAUCUCGAAAAACAUCACGGAUUACAAAGUUCAGGUCCCAGGAAAAGUGAAAAGAUUGUUCAUACUCAUGUAUUACAUCAUGAAGAUUCGUGGAUUCAAAACUGUUGUGAAGUUUUUUUCCCACGAAGUUUCAGAUCUAGAACCAACUUUUUACUUCCUCGUUGCCUUGGAUCCCAAUGAUUACACCGGGUGGGAGACUAGAUAUGUCCUGUUGAUAUGGCUGUCGCUUAUUUGCAUGAUACCAUUCGAUUUGAAAACCGUGGACAGUCUGGCUGUUGCGGGGGGAAAUAAGUUUCCUCUGGUGGAUCACAUGAUUGAUCUGGCAAAAUUUUACUUGAAAGUAACUGGUAAAGAAAGGGAUGGUGCGGCGGUCUUUCUAUCGCGACUGUUGACAAGGCGGGAUAUAGCCGAAAUAUAUCUCGCCGAUUACAUUCAAUGGGCGCAAGAAGCAGCUAGAAAUAAUAAGGAUGUAUUCACGAUCACAGGUAUUCUUACAUCCCUCUGCGCCAUAUACAAACUAGGGCAAAGACAGACCUUACUGCCAACAUUGGACAUCGCGUGGUCCUGCCUUUUCUUACUUGAGGAUGAUGGAACAUUUUCCAAAAAUACCCUUGUGAGGAAGAUGUUGGUCAAGUUGGCUCAAAGAUUCGGGUUAUGCUAUCUGAGGCCGAAGGUCGCCUCCUGGAGGUAUAAAAGAGGAAACCGAUCACUCAAGGAUAAUUUGGGGGGAACAUCAAAGACCGAAAGAAUUGACCCUUCAAACAUUCAAGAAUCUUUGAAAGAAGAUGUCGAGGAUGAAGAAGAAGUCCCUGAACAGAUUGAAGAGAUAAUUGAAAUAUUAUUGAAUGGGUUAAGGAAUAAGGAUACAGUGGUACGCUGGUCUGCUGCAAAGGGUUUAGGUCGUAUUGCACAGCGACUACCGCAAGAACUUGCUGAUGACAUCAUAGGAUCUCUGCUUGAAUUGUUCUCGGAAAAUACUUACGUGCGUGAUGGUGUGCUCGAAUUAUCAGCAGUGUCCGACAAUACCUGGCAUGGAGUGUGUCUUGCUGUUGCUGAAUUGGCCAGAAGAGGUUUGUUAUUGCCUGAGAGGUUGACAGAGGUUAUUCCGUGGGUUAGCAGGGCAUUGAAGUUUGACCUGAAACGCGGGUCUCAUUCAAUUGGAACUCACGUUCGAGAUGCAAUGUGUUACGUGUGUUGGUCAUUUGCUCGGGCUUAUGCCCCCGAAGAUCUUGCACCGCACGUAGCAGAAAUAGCAAACAGUCUCGUCGUCGUUUCUUUGUUUGAUCGUGAAGUUAAUGUCAGGCGUGCCAGCAGUGCAGCAUUCCAAGAAAACGUCGGGAGGUUGGGCAUCUUCCCGCAUGGCAUAGAGAUCGUCACCACGGCUGAUUACUUUACUGUGGGCAACAGGGUAAAUGCGUUCCUCGAAAUAAGCGUAAAAAUCGCCGAAUUUGUAGAGUACAGAUACCAUAUUAUUGAUCAUCUCAGUACCAUUACAAUAUCGAAUUGGGAUAAAAACAUGCGAGUUUUGGGAUCAAAGGCCUUGCACAAUUUAACGCGUCUCGACCUCGGUUAUAUCGUCGACAGAGUUCUUCCACGUUUGAUAUCUCAAGCCACUUCCCCCGACAUGCAUACGAGGCAUGGCGCAUUAUUGGCAAUCGGAGAAGUGUGCCUUGCGUGGUCUGAACUACAAGGAGCCGACAAGAGUUGGUUAAAAAAACAUGAUUCCCUAGUAACAGAUGUAUCAAAUAUAAUCGGGUCCCUUCCUAGAAAAGUGUUCACUGAAUUCGGCUCAGAGGUUACAGUUCAAGCGGCGUCCACUUAUAUCGCAUGUUUGGCUAAAGCUGGAUGGCCCGUGACAGAAGAAAUAGUGGGAUUAUGGAAAAACGUGGUGUACGAUCUACUGUCGCGUAAGGACGAAGCUGGACAGGAAAUUGCCGUGCGGGCGGUUGAAGCACUUGUG